AUGAGGAUGAGGAAUCACACUGCAGUAACUGAGUUUCUUCUGAUGGGGAUCCCCAAUACUGGUGGGCUGGAAACUGUGCUCCUCCUACUCUUUCUGGCCUUCUACCUGCUCACUCUCCCGGGAAACCUGCUCAUUCUCCUAGCGAUCCUCACCUCUUCCACCCUCCACACACCCAUGUAUUUUUUCCUGGGCAAUCUGUCAGUGCUUGACAUAUUUUUCCCUUCGGUGAGUUCCCCCAAGAUGAUGCUGUACUUGACGGGGCAGAGCCACACCAUCUCUUACCACGGCUGUGCCUCGCAGCUCUUCUUCUACCACUUCCUGGGCUGCGCUGAGUGCUUCCUGUACACGGUGAUGGCCUAUGACCGCUUUGCGGCCAUCUGUCACCCUCUGAGGUACACAGUCGUCAUGAGCUACUGGGUGUGUGUCUCCAUGACCGUGGGCACCUGGAUGGGGAGCUGUCUGCAUGCAUCUGUUCUCACCUUCCUUAUCUUUAAGUUGCCUUACUGUGGCCCCAACAAAGUGGACAAUUUCUUCUGUGACAUUCCUGUGGUGCUGCCCUUGGCCUGUGCAGAUACUUCUCUAGCAAGGACAGUGAGUUUUACCAAUGUAGGUGUGGUGGCACUUGUGUGUUUUCUCCUAAUUCUCACUUCUUACACUCGCAUUGUUGUCUCCAUAUUGAAAAUCCGUUCCCCAGAAGGAAGGCGCAGAGCCUUCUCCACCUGCAGUGCCCACCUCACAUCCAUCCUGCUCUUUUAUGGCCCUGUGGUUCUCAUUUAUCUGCGACCUGCUUCCAGCCCUUGGCUUGAUUCAGUGGUUCAAGUGUUGAAUAAUAUUGUUACUCCAUCCUUGAAUCCUCUGAUAUACUCCUUGAGAAACAAGGAGGUAAAAUUGGCUCUGAGAAAGGCGCUGACUCCAGGUUCACAUACUUGUGGGGAUUAA